UCGCAGGAGACGGAGUUACGGAAACCCAGGAUGGCCCAGGACCUCACGGAGAAGGAGCUGCUCAAGAUGGAGUUGGCCCAGCUCAAGAAAGAAGUGAAGAAUGAGAGAGCCCUAAUCUCCAAGACCGGAAAAGAGAUCAAGGAGUUCGUGGAGGCCCAGGCGGCCGAAGACGCCCUCCUGAAAGGGGUCCCUGAAGACAAGAACCCCUUCAAGGAGAAGGGGGGCUGCUCUGUCAGCUGAUUUUAUCCGGGCCAGACCUCACCCUCGCAGGAGCCCCAGCCCCUCGAACCCCAUCCUGCCCCAGAUGCCCCUCCCCGGUUACUCUACCUCCCCAGCUAACUCCAGCCUCUCCAGCCCCUUGAAUGCCAGUCUCCCCUAAUCCAACCUGUACUUCCCAAGCGCUUAGUACAGUGCUCU